UGUCGACAUCCCUUCUCUUUGCAAUCCUAAUGGCAAAACGCUCCGCCGAAGAAGGCCAAACCCCCUUCAUUGCAAUGAUUGACCUUACUGCUCUUAAAGGUUCAACCUAUUCCGCCUCAGCUGUCAUCCGCAAAGUGAAGCGAAGUGGCGAUCUUCCCGAGAUGCGAUACAAAGGCACCGCGGAGUUACUUAUUUGGGGCGAGAUCCCAGAGACCGCUAUCCUAAAUAUUGUGCCCUACACCGAAAUCGAACACCUCGCAGCUACGACACCAGCUGUUGGCGCGAUCUUGCGGCUGGAUCUGCUUGAUCCUAACGCUAGAACAUACUACUUACAUAAAGAUCUUAUGAUGAAGCCAGUGCGUCUAGACCCGGCAACGGCAACGGCUCUCGGUCAGCUAGCAGAUCAUUGUUAUCUCGGCCUAGCUCCUCCUGCGCAACUCUCCACAUUCAUACAAAGCGUAGUGGAUGGGUUUGCAAUCGACGCCACCCAAGUCCUCCAUGACGACAAAAUCAUGCACAAGCUGGGGAUGUAUUUCCUAAACGCGCUCAACCGGCCUAACCAAGACGACGGGGCCAUCAUUAACGCCUUCAUUAAUGGCGUCGAAACCGCCAACGAGAGCCUGGAGCGGAGCCGAAGGAGCCUGGUUUCUCGGUCACGAUCACGGUCCGGACGAAAGCGCGGCGUCUAGAAGCAGGACAGCGUAGUUACCCCACAGCGUGUUGAACUUUUACCGUGGUCUCUCGACCCUCCUUGAGUUCAUUAACGUUGUCAUUUUCGUGAAUAGAGUAGACUACUUUAUGCAGUUUCGAACGAACCGACAUACAAUGCUUCGUCAUAGACAUCCGUACACUCUUUGCCGCUGCGUGAGGAGCUUUAUAGUAUUUUCAGCAGUCGAAGUAAGAGAGAAGUUCGGCGUUUUGGACAACUGGUAAACUUGUGAGGCUACCCCAGACAGUGUCAACAGAGUGUACGUAGAUUGGAAGUGUAUCUAAUGCACCCAGUUUCAAUUAGUACGUUGAAGCCCAAUAGACAA